UCUGAUGCUGAAAUCUAAUUUUUCUUGCCCCAGCAUACCUCAUCUCAGAACUGGAAGCUGCCAGAAUGCUGUGUGUGAAUGCCCCUCCUAAAAAAGCACAGGAAGGAGGUGGCAGUGAAGUCUUUCAGGAGCUAAAAGGCAUAUGUAUUGCUUUAGGCAUGUCCAAGCCUCCAGCCAACAUAACGAUGUUCCAGUUCUUCAGUGGAAUUGAAAAAAAACUGAAAGAAACCCUAGCAAAGGUUCCACCUAAUCAUGUUGGAAAACCUCUCUUGAAGAAGCAGCUGGGACCAGCUCACUGGGAAAAAAUUGAAGCAAUUAAUCAAGCCAUAGUCAACGAAUACGAAGUCCGAAGAAAACUGUUAGUCAAACGUUUGGAUGUUACUGUGCAGUCCUUUGGCUGGUCAGAUAGAGCUAAGAGUCAGACAGAAAAGCUGGCUAAAGUCUACCAGCCAAAACGUGCCCUCUUAUCCACUAAGUGCACUAUUUCUGUUGCAAAUCUCUUGGCAGCUCGGCAAGAUCUGUCAAAAAUUAUGAGAACAAGCAGCGGAUCCAUCCGAGAGAAGACUGCGUGUGCCAUUAAUAAGGUGCUUAUGGGUAGAGUGCCUGACAGAGGAGGAAGGCCCAAUGAAAUUGAACCGCCACCUCCUGAGAUGCCACCCUGGCAGAAGAGACCAGAGGCUGGUCCACAACAAAGUGGUGGCCGAGGAGGAAGAGGUGGCUAUGAAUCCUCAUAUGGAGGGCGAGGAGGUUAUGACCAUGGGGGUCAUAGCCAUGGUGGUCAUGAGCGAGGAGGAAGAGGAGGCUAUGACUCAUCAUAUGGAGGACGAGGAGGCCAUGAACGAGGAGGUCAUGAUCAAGGAGGCCAUGAUCGAGGAGGGCGAGGAGGACGUGGGGGCGGCUAUGAUCAUGGUGGCAGAGGAGGUGGAAGAGGAAACAAACUCCAAGGAGGGUGGACAGAUGGUGGAGGUGGUGGCUACCAGGAUGGCAACUACAGGGAUAGCAACUACAGAGAUGCAGGUUUUCAAACGGGUGGCUACCAUGGCGGUGGUGGUGGUGGUGGCGGCGGCGGCGGCUACCAAGGAGGAGGCUAUGGUGGCUACCAGUCAUCUUCAUACACAGGAAGUGGCUACCAAGGGGGUGGUGGCUACCAGCAAGACAACAGAUACCAAGAUGGUGGGUCCCACAGUGACCGAGGGGGUGGGCGUGGAGGAGGGAGGGGUGGCCGUGGUGGUCGUGGUGGCCGUGGAGGUCAAGGAGGAGGCUGGGGAGGCAGAGGUGGACAGAAUUAUAAUCCAGGGGGGCAAUUUGAGCAGCACUUCCAGCAUGGAGGCUAUCAGUAUAAUCAGUCUGGUUUUGGACAAGGAAGGCACUUCACAAGCUGAGGUUGCUAAAAACUUUUGCUUCAGCAGAGCUCAAAUAAUAAAAACCUGGUUUCAGAGUCUUGGUUUAAUCAUUUCAGAAUUAGUACAGGUUUGUACAUAUGAGGCAGAAUCUUUUGGGGUGGGAUGUUUUGUAUUGAACUAAGUACAGCUUUCUGUGCUUUCCUUCCCCCCCAGUCUGUUGGAAUUGAAUGCAUCAUAACUACUCACUGCACUUCACUUAAUCGUAAAUUAAUAGUCAUGCUUUUUUGAUGUUGGACUGACAUCUGCUCAGAACACAUUGAUUCCAAAACUACCUGCUGUGUUUUGCUUGAAGCUUUGAUUGGAAAAAUUAUAAAGGCUGGUCUAGUCAAAAUUAUAUGUUUCAAUAUACAAUGGAAUUUCUGCAUCCCCUAGCCAUUGUUCAGUUACAUGACGUAAAAUCAGUGCUAAAUAUUGCUUCCGGAUUGCUGUCCUGUUGUUUUAAUCAAAGUUACACACAUACACAGGCCCACACAGCAACUUCCCUCUAACAGACAGGUUUGUUAUCUAUUAUAUGAGCUCUGCUGUAGAUGUCAUGUUUGGUAGCCUUAUCUUCCAUUAAGCAAAUUUUUUCCCACCUGCUCAAGUCUGAAGACUUACCACCGCCAAAACCUGCAAAGAUUAUUUAAAACUAAGCUAAAUUGUGAACUGGUAGUGUACAUAGGCCUGUAGUUCGGUGUAGCAAUUCAAACUGACCUGCAUCCAUCCAAAACAAGUUGCUCCUCCUUCAAACUUAAUUUUUACUUGAAAUCAGCUAAGAAAAAAAAAAAA